AUGGAAGAUGAUUCUAUGCAUAUGAAAGACUUUUCAUCGGACUCGCAACAUAAUGAAGAAGACUGUGGAACGGCAUCACAACCAGGACAAUCCUUCUCCAAUGGAACCAAUUUUUGUUGUGGUCAAACAUUCACCGAUAAGAAAGAGCUGAAAAUACUACUAGACGCAGCAGUGGCAAGGCAGUCUUUUGAUUAUUAUAUGGAGAAAAAAUGCACAAAAUUGAUUAACGUGAAAUGUUUAUCUCGUGGUUAUGGCUGGUUGUUGUGGGAAAAAAAGCAUGAGACCUUGAAUAGAUUUCGCAUAUACAAGUAUGUUGGGUUGCACACGUGUGGUGUUGAACACGCCACCCGCAGGAACAAGAAAGAUGGUAAGGGUCCAAGCAUAAGAGAAAUUCAAAAGAAUGUGUUUAAGGAGUUGCGUUGCAACGCAAGCUAUUGGAUGUAUUGGAAAGAAAGUGUAAUUGCGAAGAACAUCAUUCGCGGGACACCGGAGCACGAAUAUGCUUGCUUGCUGAAUUUUUCCCAUAUGGUGGAGUUAUUUAAUCCCAAGUCUUCUUACUCUAUCAUGGUAAACCAGAUGGAUGAAUUAGGUGUUAUGUUGAGUGCCGUUGCACAUGACACUGAAAAUCAUAUCUUUCCGAUUGCCUUUUAUGUCGUUGAUAAAGAGAACAAUGCUUCUUGGACCUUGUUCUUCCAAAAGCUGAAGUCUAUCGUAGAAGAUGAACCAAAUCUAUGUGUCAUCUCCGACAGGGAGCGGCAUACCUUUGUCGAUGGUAAAGAGAACAUAUUUGUGCCUUAUGCGGAAAGGAUCCUAAGGGAUAAUAAGAGCGUGAGAGAUUCAUUGUAUGUGAGUAAUCCAAAUGGGGUUCUCGACCAGUACACGGUGUUUGGCAAUGGCGUCACUGCCAAGGUCAAUCUGUUGAAGAGGAGUUGUUCUUGUCAAAAAUUUGACUUGGUGAAAAUGUAUGAACAUGCAAUGGCAGCUUUGCGAACAAAGUAUGGUGAUGGAGAAGGUUAUGGUAACUUCGUCUAG